AAUUGCUCUCCGCCUCUGUCUGUCGGCUACCACGCAGUGCGGACUCAACGGUGGACGGCUUCAAUUGCAAGACGCCGGAUUGAUCACUCUCCGACACUGCUUUGCUUCGCUGCUCGCGGAAAUCCUCUCCAGACUGUCUCCACACUUGGCGGGACGGCAACUCGUGGGUCUGCAUUUUCACCAUGCCUGCCAAACCUGUUGUCUUCGUAGCAACCGAUUCCUCCGGCCUGCCCGUCAAGAGGAAACAGGCGCAUCAGGCUUGCGACACCUGCAGGAAAAGAAAGAAACGUUGCGGGCAUCUUCCAGGGAAUCAAUCAGUCGAAGACUCCAGUAUCAUAGAUGUUGAAAGUCCCAGGCCUUCGCCAAGUUUACGGCCUCAGAAUCCAAUUCCGCCUCACGCCAGCCAACGCUCAAGCUCAAAACCCCAAGACCCUCCUGACGCGGAUGUGUCUGACGCAGCCGCCGAGCUUCUUCUUCGCUUCUUUUCACACGCCCGCGAGAAACCAGGACGCAACGACUCCAGUCAUGACGCGUCACAGAGAAAACAGCCGCCUAUCGAUUCAGCCCCAAGAUUCCUCGGGGACCUGAACCCGGAAGGAAUUCUAGCCGAAGCCACAAUGACCACCUGGCCGGGGCCUUCCAACUCAUCUGGUACAGCCUCCAAGAUCACAGAUGUUGAGAGGGAUAAUCGCCCUGGUGUCUCUAUCCCGCCGUGGGCUGUGUCAUCACCAACAGGUGAAGCGACAACAACCUCAAAAUCACCGGAAGCCACGCGGGACCCCGGUGAUGAAGACCAGCCGACAGGGUUCUUCUCAUUCCGUGUAGACGGGUCGUGGCUCAAGGUGCCAGUACGAGAUGCAACGACUAUCAAACUCAUCAAAGAGCUCCUUGGAAGCACCACGGAAAUUGCCCCAGCAGUCUUGCCCACAGAACCUGAAUGGCUUUUCAUGAGGGACAUGUACCUUCGAAAGAUCCAACCAAUAUUUCCAAUCCUUGACAGAGAGACCCUUGUUGAUCUUCCCCAAGACAAAAACGUACGCGAAGCCAUCCAAGCCGCAGUUUGCCUAGCCAUCUCGACCGAUCCGGAGGUCAGCGGACGCUUGACAUUGGGAUGUAGGAGUCAAGAUGGCAAAGGUUGGGUGCGAGAAUCCGUGGACUAUGAAGACUACUCACAAGCUUUGGCGAGCUUCAUAAACACCCGCAUCAGGAGCCGGGAGCUUCCACUGCUUUACAACCUUCAGGUCAUGGGGAUUACUUGUCUGUACUGGCAACCAGAGGAAGUCAACGAGCGGUCUGCUCCGCUGAAUCUUUUUGGGAAUCUGGUGAGCAUUGCUGCCUCGCACGGUGUUCAUCUGGAGCUUCAAGGAAAAGGCCAUCUAGCCGAUCAGAGAUAUCCUCCGGGGACUGGGAAGCGGCUGUUUAAGUGCAUUUAUGCUUUGGACCGAUUACUUGCUGCCUUUUCGGGACGGCCAGUGAUGUUUCACAAUGAGGACCUCAUGGACCGACCAAAGGCUGAUCCUGAUGACCCACCCAGCUUCCGGCUGUUCAUGUCACUCAUUCACGUUUUGGAUCAAGUGAUAGAGAUGUAUCGACCGCGGCCGACGGUGACGUACAUUGAUAUUCCCGUGUACGAGCAGAUGGCGCUGGAUGUUGGGGCGCAGUGUGAGCCAGAGAUAAUAUUGACCACACUUGAAGUCCUGUACCACGCUAUCGGUGUCCUCUCGGUACGAAUGACCCGCGAACGCUUCGCUACCCCUCCAGAAACCGACAACGGCAACAAGACGCCCGUCAGCUAUCAGCACUUGCCGCCAAGCAGUGUGAACGCACGCAGAUCACACUCCUCAGACCGUAUCCUCGAUGUGAUAUCAGCGUACAAACUCAGCCCAUUCCCGUUUGUGCCAUAUGCCCUGUCGCUUUCCUUGUCAGUCGCAUACAGGAAAUGGAAAUUCAGCAAAUUACCGAUGUUCCGCACUCGUGGUAAAGCCGACUUCUUGAAAGUCGCUGCGGCCAUUCGACAGCUCUCUCCUAUCUGGGCCAACGCUCGUUUGAGCAGUGAGUUGGGAAACGCCGUGGUGCGCAAUCUUGAGAGGAGUGAGGCGUUGCUUCGUGAGCGUGCCAAAGCAAAAGGGGGCGUCUGCGCGCCUUCCAAGCCCAAGGCUAUCAACGACAGCGGUUCUGCGUUUAACAUUGAGCUUCAUUCACGUGCGAGAUGGCUUAUUGAGAAGCCUGAUGAGGGCGCGAGGCAAGACUCGACAAAUCCCCCUAGUUCAGGCGCCAGGCUUCAACCUGGUCUCGUUGCGGGGGCCUGUGAGCCCCUUUCUCCGUCGUCGACGCUUGCGAAUACAUCACAGGGCCAUCCUGAUACUGCAAUGGCUGUAGGUAGCUAUCAGAUACCGGACACGUCAGGUGUUGGGCAUACAAAUGUCAACUUGUUUGGGUCAAUGGGCGGUGACCAAAUGGAAUCGGGCUCUGGGGAAUUUAUGGCUAUGAAUGAUAGCUUGAUAUUCGACUCUUGGGACCCGACGUUUGCGCAGAUGAUUGACUAUUCGUUUGCGAGUAACUUGGAUCCGGGAAAUCCGUUUGGGUCGUGUGAGUAUAUGGGGUUUACAUGA